AUGGCAACAAGCCUAACUGAGACAAAUGUCGCCCCCUGCUGGCUGACGUUUGUCUGUUUUGUCUUUGUCAAUAAAGUUACGUUGACGCAAUUUGAAAGCAAGAUGGCGGUGCGCGUGCCGCUGUCUUUAAAAAUGUCACCCUCAGCGUUACUGGGCUUCAAGUGUCUUUUUACGGAGCAAUAUUCUUCCAAAAAGCUGCUAAAGUCUUUAACGGAGCUCUGCAGACGAGGUUACUCCGUGAAAGCUCAGCAGGCGGUGGAGGAGGGUGGUGUGAACGUCGCCGGGUUCAGCGGCCCUCUGGAUCACUACAGCAGGCUGAUCAGAGACGGAACACUGCGGGAGGACGAGCAUCAGAAAGCGGUGCUACAGAAACUGGACGAGCUGCACAAAACACUCAAAGGAUACAGCAACACACCGACAUCCAUAUUCUCCAAGUUCUUCACAAAACCCAAAGCUCCAAAAGGCUACUACAUUUACGGUGAUGUUGGUAAGGAACACAGAGUUGGAAAAACUAUGGUCAUGGACAUGUUUUAUUCAUAUGCGGAGACUGAGAAGAAAAAGAGGGUUCAUUUCCACGGCUUUAUGUUGGAUGUGCAUAAAAGGAUCCAUCGGCUAAAGCAGAGUAUGCCAAAGAGAAAAGCAGGGAAAAUGGCCAAAUCCUACGACCCCAUUGCUCCAGUAGCUGAGGAGAUCAGUGAAGAGGCUUGUCUUCUGUGCUUUGAUGAGUUUCAGUCACUGAUAUCGCUGGAUGCCAUGAUUCUCAAGCAGCUUUUUGAAAAUCUGUUUCUGAACGGAGUCGUUGUCGUUGCCACUUCUAAUCGUCCUCCUGAAGACUUGUAUAAAAAUGGGCUACAGAGAGUCAACUUUGUGCCUUUUAUUGCCGUGUUACAGAAAUAUUGCCAAACACUUCGUCUGGAUUCUGGGAUAGAUUACCGCAAGAGGAACAGACCCUCUGCUGGAAAACUCUACUUUCUCUCCAGUGAGCCUGAUGCAGAGGCGACACUGGACAAGAUGUUUGAUGAGCUGGCUUUUAAGCAGAAUGACAUAACACGACCAAGAGUUAUGAAUGUUCACAACAGAAAAGUCCGUCUGAACAAAGCUUGUGCCAUAGCAGACUGUACAUUUGAGGAGCUGUGUGACAGACCUUUAGGGGCCAGUGACUACCUGGAGAUAUCCAGGCUGUUUGACACCGUCUUUAUUCGACACAUUCCUCUGCUCACGCUGAACAAGAAAACUCAAGCCAGGCGGCUCAUAACGCUCGUGGAUGCCCUCUACGACCAUAAG